UCACCGAGUAAACAUUUUAAUUAAACAAAUGAAGAAAGACAGUAUGAAGUAAAUGGGGAUAGUCUAUAGGACUAAUGUCCUAUGAUUUAUAAAAAUGACAGCUCUGAUGAAGUGAAUAUGAUCAUAAAACGUUACAGUAGUACGAGCAACAAACGGAAGGACCAAAGAACUACCCGUAAGACAUUGAUGUCUUUUUAAACUUACUACGAGCAGCAGAGUAAUGGAGGAAGUUUAGGGGUUUUCAGCUGGGGGAAAGGAGGGGGCGUGAACUCCGAGGAAAGAGAACAGCACGCGACCAGGAAGAUAGAAGGUGGACGGGAGAGGAGAGCAGAACAUUUGCCUCUGUCCCGGUAAACACGGCGACGAGCGCGUGUCUGGACAGUGCUUGGGUCGGGACCCUGUACUUUUCCCCAAGCAGCUGUCUCAUUUAUUUUCGCUCUGUGAUAUCCAUAUCCUUAAGGAUAACACGCAUUACUUACCUUCUUGUACAUUGGAAGGGGUAGUGAAGUGGACUUCCAUAAUGGCGUUAAGAGCCCGACACAUCUGGUAUCACUAAGAAGGCUUAUCUUCAGGUGAUGUCUAUUGUGAGCCUGUAUGUCUCCAUCUUUGCCCACCAACUUCUUCAGUUGCUCAGCAGAGUCAGUCCUCACUGGCUGCAUUACAUCCUGAACAAAUGAGCUACCUUUCUAAUCAAAAUGGUUUGAAACCAAGACUUCAAAAAGAAAGACAAAAACACAGGAGGAGGAUGUCCAUGUUUUAACUGUCAUGGAGCAAGGAACAACUCUGUUCAAAGCAGAGCACUCUGAAUGGGACCCUCUCUAUCUUGAGCAAAAUAAUCUGCAGAUUAAGAAAGAGGACACUGAAUGGGAGACUUCAGGUUUUGAGCAGGGAAAUGUCACCAUUAAAAAUGAACAUUCUGAGCAAGUGUCUUUUAACUUUAAGACACACAGCAAUGACACUGUAAAAUGUUGCAAAGAAGAUGUCUCCUCAGGAAACCUCUCUCUUGCAAGUUCUUGUCUGGCAGUUAAACAAGAGGUACUUGAUUAUGACUUAAUUCCAAUGACAAAGUGCUGUCCUCAGCAUCAUUCUGUGUGCAUGAAGCUUGACAUACCAGAGUGUGAUACCAAAGUUACUGAGCAAAUAUGCAACAACACAGAAGAGAAAGAAGAGUCGUUAUCUGCUAGUCAGCCUGGAAAAUAUUUACCAGAAAGUAUUAACUAUUCACCAUCUUCAUUUACUGUGGCUAAUCAUCUUGGUGACAAUUUCACAAAAUUGACUUUUGCCUCAGAAACCAGUAGUUUAACGGCUUACAGCAAAAACAUCCCAAGCACAGGCCAUCUUCCAAAACAUAAGAAAACUCGCUCUGGAUUCUCAGGCAGACUCAGUGUUGAGACUUACACAAGACUCCAUGCUGAAGAGAAAACCCAUUGCUGCUCUGAAUGUGGGAGACAAUUCUCACGACCAGGUAAACUUCAGAAUCAUAAAAGAAUUCAUACAGGAGAGAAGCCUCAUUGCUGUGCUGAAUGUGGCAAAUGGUUCUCUUUAAAAAACAGUCUUAAAACACACUUGAGGAUACACACAGGAGAAAAGCCACAUAGCUGUUCUGAAUGUGGCAAACGAUUUUUGCGCAUCAGCAAUCUAAGGAUACAUAUGAGGAUUCACACUGGAGAAAAGCCACAUUGUUGUUCUGAAUGUGGCAUGAGAUUCUCACGUAUAAGUGAUCUAAAGAGACAUAUGAGAAUUCACACUGGAGAAAAGCCACAUUACUGUUCUGACUGCGGUAAACGUUUCUCACAACCUGGUCAUCUUCAAAAUCACAAAAGAAUUCACACUGGUGAGAAACCACAUUGCUGUUCUGUGUGUGCCAUGAGAUUUUCCCGGUUAAGUGAUCUUAAGACACACAUGAGAAUUCACACUGGAGAGAAGCCACAUUGCUGUUUUGAUUGUGGUAAACAGUUUUCACAAAUUGGGAGUUUAAAGACGCACAUAAGGACUCAUACUGGAGAGAAACCACAUUGCUGUUCAGAAUGUGGGAAACAAUUCUCACGUGUAAGCAAUCUUAAGACACAUAUGAGGAUUCACACUGGUGAAAAGCCAUAUUGUUGUACUGAAUGUGGAAAGCGAUUCUUACAACUCAUCCACCUUCAAAAUCACAAAACUAUUCACACAGGAGAGAAACCACAUUGCUGUUCUAAAUGUGGGAAAAGAUUCUCACAAGUAAGUAGUCUUGAAACACACAUGAUGAUUCACACUGGGGAGUGCAAGGUAGCAAAACAACUGUUUAAAAAAAUUGGACCUGCAAAAAUGAACAAAUAAAGUGUCAAUUAUGCUAAAUACUUACUCCAGUUGUUUGUUGAAUAAAACCAGAAACAUACAGUGCAUCCGGAAAGUAUCCACAGCGCAUCACUUUUUCCACAUUUUGUUAUGUU